UAUGUUCACGCGGAUGCUCCUACCAAUAAAACGCUGGCUGGGCUGGUGGUGCAGCUUCUGCAGUUCCAGGAAGAUGCCUUUGGGAAGCAUGUCACCAACCCGGCCUUCACCAAACUCCCCGCAAAAUGUUUCAUGGAUUUCAAAGCUGGAGGUACCUUGUGUCACAUUCUGGGGGCUGCUUACAAGUACAAAAACGAACAGGGAUGGCGUAGGUUUGACCUACAGAAUCCGUCCCGAAUGGAUCGUAAUGUUGAAAUGUUUAUGAACAUUGAGAAAACAUUGGUGCAGAAUAAUUGUCUGUCCAGACCCAACAUCUACCUCAUUCCAGACAUCGAUCUGAAAUUGGCCAACAAAUUGAAAGAUAUCAUCAAACGACAUCAGGGGACAUUCACUGAUGAAAAGUCAAAAGCGUCUCAUCACGUUUAUCCGUAUCCUUCCCCACAAGAAGAUGAGGACUGGUUGAGGCCGGUGAUGAGGAAAGACAAGCAGGUGCUAGUCCACUGGGGCUGCUACCCCGACAGCUAUGAUACUUGGGUCCAUAGUAAUGAUGUUGAUGCUGAAAUUGAAGAUCCACCCAUUCCAGAAAAGCCAUGGAAGGUUCACGUGAAAUGGAUUUUGGACACUGACAUUUUCAAUGAAUGGAUGAAUGAGGAGGAUUAUGAGGUGGAUGAGAACAGGAAGCCUGUGAGUUUCCGUCAGCGAGUUUCAACGAAGAACGAAGAGCCAGUCCGAAGUCCAGAGAGAAGAGAUAGAAAGGCCUCGGCUAACGCUCGGAAGAGGAGGCAUUCGCCUUCGCCACCCCCACCCACACCCGCACCCUCCGAGUCCCGGAAGAAGAGUGGGAAGAAAGGACAAGCCAGUCUCUAUGGAAAGCGCAGAAGUCAGAAAGAGGAGGAUGAGCAAGAAGAUCUUACCAAGGACAUGGAGGACCCGACACCUGUGCCUAACAUAGAGGAAGUAGUGCUUCCCAAAAAUGUAAACCCAAAGAAGGAUAGUGAAAAUACACCUGUUAAAGGAGGAACUGUAGCUGAUCUAGAUGAGCAAGAUGAAGAGACAGUCACAACAGGAGGAAAGGAAGAUGAAGACCCUGGCAAAGGCGAUCAGAGUCGGCCGGUUGACCCUGGGGAGGAUAACGUGACGGAGCAGACCAACCACAUCAUCAUCCCCAGCUACGCAUCCUGGUUCGAUUAUAACUGUAUUCAUGUGAUUGAACGGCGCGCUCUUCCUGAGUUUUUCAACGGGAAAAACAAAUCCAAGACUCCAGAAAUAUACUUGGCAUACCGAAACUUCAUGAUCGACACUUACCGCCUCAACCCCCAGGAGUAUUUAACCAGCACAGCUUGUCGGAGGAACCUGACCGGAGACGUGUGCGCUGUGAUGAGAGUUCAUGCCUUUUUAGAGCAAUGGGGGCUCGUUAAUUACCAAGUGGAUCCAGAAAGUCGACCCAUGGCAAUGGGACCACCUCCUACUCCUCACUUCAACGUCUUAGCUGAUACCCCGUCUGGGCUCGUGCCUCUGCAUCUUCGCUCACCUCAGGUCCCUGCUGCUCAGCAGAUGUUAAAUUUUCCAGAGAAGAACAAGGAGAAACCAAUUGAUUUGCAAAACUUUGGUCUGCGUACUGACAUUUACUCCAAGAAAACAUUAGCAAAGAGCAAAGGAGCUAGUGCUGGAAGAGAAUGGACCGAGCAAGAGACCCUUCUCCUCCUGGAGGCCUUGGAGAUGUACAAGGAUGACUGGAACAAGGUGUCGGAGCAUGUCGGGAGCCGCACGCAGGACGAAUGCAUCCUGCACUUUUUGAGGCUUCCCAUUGAAGACCCGUACCUUGAGAAUUCCGACGCGUCCCUGGGGCCCCUGGCCUACCAGCCUGUGCCCUUCAGCCAGUCAGGAAACCCGGUCAUGAGUACUGUCGCCUUCUUGGCGUCCGUGGUGGACCCUCGCGUGGCAUCUGCUGCGGCAAAGGCAGCUUUAGAGGAGUUUUCUCGGGUUCGGGAGGAGGUACCACUGGAAUUGGUUGAAGCUCAUGUCAAGAAAGUUCAAGAAGCAGCCCGAGCCUCUGGGAAGGUGGAUCCCACCUACGGCCUGGAGAGCAGCUGCAUUGCAGGCACUGGGCCUGAGGAGCCAGAGAAGCUUGAAGGAGCUGAAGAAGGAAAAGUGGAAGCAGAUGCUGAUGGGCGGCAGCCUGAGAAGACAGAAAAUAAAGUGGAAAAUGAAACAGAUGAAAGUGACAAAGUGCAAGAUGGAGAAAAUGAAAAAAAUAGUGAAAAGGAACAGGAUAGUGAAGUCAGUGAGGAUGCCAAAUCAGAAGAGAAGGGGACGGAAGAGAACAAGGAGCUCACUGACACGUGCAAAGAGAAAGAGAGUGAUAUCGGGAAGAAGAAAGUAGAGCACGAAAUCUCGGAAGGAAAUGUUGCCACGGCCGCAGCAGCUGCUCUCGCCUCCGCUGCUACCAAAGCCAAGCACCUGGCCGCCGUGGAAGAGAGAAAGAUCAAGUCCCUCGUAGCUCUCCUGGUUGAGACACAAAUGAAGAAACUAGAGAUCAAACUCCGGCAUUUCGAGGAGCUGGAAACCAUCAUGGACCGAGAGAAGGAGGCUCUGGAACAGCAGAGGCAGCAGCUGCUUACUGAGCGCCAGAACUUCCACAUGGAGCAGCUCAAGUACGCAGAGUUGCGAGCCCGACAGCAAAUGGAACAGCAGCAGCACGGCCAGAACCCCCAGCAGGCGCACCAGCACUCGGGGGGACCGGGCCUGGCCCCCCUCGGCGCGGCGGGCCACCCUGGCAUGAUGCCCCAUCAGCAGCCCCCUCCCUACCCUCUGAUGCACCACCAGAUGCCACCAGCUCAUCCAGCCCAGCCAGGCCAGAUACCAGGACCCGGUUCCAUGAUGCCUGGGCAGCCCAUGCCAGGCCGCAUGAUUCCCACCGUUGCGGCUAACAUCCACCCCACUGGGAGUGGCCCUGCCCCUCCUGGGAUGCCUCCAAUGCCAGGAAACAUCUUGGGACCCCGGGUACCCCUCACAGCACCUAAUGGCAUGUAUCCCCCUGCACCGCAGCAGCCGCCACCACCACCUGCAGAUGGGGUCCCUCCGCCGCCUGCUCCGGGCCCACCAGCCCCGGCCGCUCCUUAGCCUGGAAGAUGCAGGGACCGUCCACGCCCACUGCCGCAAGCUGGAAUGGGGACAUCAAGACUUAGUUCCUCGGCCUCCUUGGAUUUCUUUCAGGAUUUUCCUCGCAGCCCCAAGCACGCGCCCCGCCCGACUCCCCGCCCCUCCCCAGCCCUCUCCAUUCUCGGACACCUCUGUGUCAGGUCCUCAGCAACACUCAGGGGAAGCCUGUGCUGACGCUGUACCCUGGUCAUCCUAAAAGUACCUGCGUUCCCUGCCCCGUGUGGGGUGUUGGCAGUUCACCUGCAGGGUCUGUCCCGUGGUAGUCCGAGUCUUCACGUCUGCCCUCCUGCAGUGUCACGCGCUGUCGUUGGCCGUGGGUGAUGGUCUGUAGUCACCGUCUCUCUUUCUGUUGCCAUUCCUGUUUUAAAGGCGAGCAGACUAAGUUACUAGGAACCAAAAAAGGGCAGUGGGCGGAAGGGAUAGCCGCGGCGACACCUUAAGGCAUUAUAAGUGACCUUACUUCUGCUUAUCUGAGCUUAGGAAUGGUGCUGUUGGUGAGAUGUCAAGAGACUUCUGCCACACAGAAACACCAGAAUUAGAAACGGGGAGGGGGCCCCUGAUUCUCACCUGGUGAGGAUGGGAGGGCCUCCGCCUUGCCUGGCAGAGGACACCACGCAGUGUGAGCGGGAGGAGAGCUUGGCCGAGCGGAUGCUCCUCCCCGGCCCUGCUGUGGUGUCUGUGCAGCUGAAAUUCGGAUUGGGGUGGGUGUUUUCUUUUUUUCUGGGCUUUGAGGGUUUGGACUGGGGGGGCACCCCUUAGCUCCGAGACUAGCCAGACCGUUUUAGGAGUCAAAGGCAGCGGCCCAUGAAUCCGCCCUGCUGCUCACAGCUUUGUGUGCGUCCUUCUCUCCCUCUUGAUAAACCCCGAAAAGGCAGAACAAGCAGCAGCGGGCAGUGUAGCUCCUGGAGCGUGGAUGGCCGGGGCCUGAGGCCCCAAACUACCUCUUGUAGUAGCCAGAGUGAGUGGGACUUCAUGACGUGGCACCGGAGGGCUGGGGCGGCAUGGGCACAGGAGUCGUGCUUUGUGCUUACCGGCCCCCCGGCCCUCUCCGACGGCCUGGCCCAGAGCUCACGUGCCAUCCGGCUCAGCAGCUUGCCGGGAGAGACCGAGGGGCAUGGGACUCACCUGGCGGAGCGCAGCCGAGGCCCGCGGGCUUGGCCAGGAGAGCCAGAGAGCAGAGGGCGGUUCCAGGCAUGCCUUCGUUGGAGCCCACAGCCGCCCUGCCAGUGGGGGAGCUGGGUUCCUGCUCCUCGGCCCCCCUCCCAGCCUCCGUCAGUGGGAAGGGUGUGUUUGGUAGAGCUGGGUUUCUGUUGUGCCCGGCUUCUUCACGUCACGGUCUCAGUGGCCGUGUCGUUGAGAAUGCAAGGUGGGACAUCUUUUGGAUAUCUUUUUCUAUAUAUUUUCUAAAGCUUUACAUAUGAGAGGGUGUAGGGUGGUGUUUGUGAAACACCUUAGAAUUUUAUUCCUUGAUAUCAGAAAGCAAAAAUAAAUAAAUAAAAACCACAGUUGAGAUUUGCCUUUCAGAACCUCAGGUUUGCCUCUAACCAGGUGGCCCUGGUCCCCAUCAGAGCCUGGAAGUGGAACUGAGGAGACCUCUUCCUGUGGAGUGAGUGUUCUAGACUCCUGGAGUGGGGGCGGAGACAGCUUAUUCCCGCGGGGUUAGGUUCCACUGCAUCUGCCUCCAGAAAGACCCCAGUGCCUUUGACAGUGGCCAGGGUUCCCUGAUUUCCUGCCUGUCUUUCCAAAGGAAACGCAUUCCAAAUACUUACCUUCCCCGGAGUCCUAGAAAGAAAAUGGAAUUCUGGUUCCUGCUGUGGUCCCUGUAACCUCAGGUCUCUAAUGUGGCCACUUUGCAAUUGAAAAGAUCCAAGUGGAAAUAUUUUUACUAUGCUGGGAGUAGUUCUACAAAGAUACAUGAAUUCUUAACACUGUUACGUUUCAGUGUAAGUGGCGACUUUCUUUUGGUGUCUUUAAAAUGGCCUCAUUCCUGUAAUACAGCCACCCAGUUUUGUGAGGGAAUAUAUGUGGUUUUGUACAAA